AACUUCACUCACAGAAACUGUUUACUAACCAAAGUUCAGUGUCCUCGGAGCUGUCGGGUCUGCAACAUGGAUGUGAAGGAGCUGGCUGUGAACGCGUUGGUCCAGAAUAAGAAGGCAGCUCUUCUGAUCGGAGCUGGUGUCGCUGUUCUGGGACUUGGUCUCGGAUAUAAAUACCUGAGGAAGUCAGAGAAAGUAGUCCGUGUAGGCGUAGUGUCGCAGCUCCUCGUUAACCCUCUCAAGUCUGGCAAAGCGGUGUCUGUGGCUCUGGCUGAGUGCCACAAACUCGGGCUGAAGUUUGGAGAGCUGCAGGAUCGACACUGGCUGGUGGUGACAGAGGACGGUCACAUGGUGACGGGCAGACAGCAGCCUCGCCUGGUGUUGGUGUCUCUGACCUGUGACGGAGGUCAUGUUUGUCUGAAAGGCCCAAACAUGGAGGAGCUGCGGUUCCCCUUCAAACAGCCCGACAGCUCCGUCAUCGACUGCAGAGUGUUUGGAAAUGACAUCCAGGGGCGGGACUGUGGUGACGAAGCAUCUCGUUGGCUCACUCGUUAUCUGGGGGAAGAGGACACCUUUCGCUUGGUGCACUUUGAGCCCCAGAUGAGGGCGAGGAACCCUGUGGAGAGCGAGCCCAUGUGCCCACAGUUUGAGGUGGCGUAUCCAGAUGUGGCACCUGUGAUGCUGCUGUCCGAGUCCUCUGUCAAGGAUCUCAGCAGCAAGUUGGAGAAGGAAGUCACGGUGGAGCGUUUCCGCCCAAACAUCGUCAUCAGUGACUGUGAAGCAUUUGAUGAGGAUUCGUGGGAAGAGGUCCAGAUUGGCAGCGUGAGACUGCAGCGUGUUAUGUCAUGUGGACGGUGUGUUUUCACCACCGUUGACCCUGAAACUGGUAUCAUCACCAGGAAAGAGCCUCUGGAGACACUGAAGAGCUAUCGCCAGUGCAAACCGUCUGAGAAGCACAUCUACAAAUCGUCCCCGCUGUUUGGACAGCUGCACAUCGUGAAGGAGACGGGCAUCCUGCAGGUCGGAGAUGUGGUGUACAAGAUCAGCCACUGAUGGAGGGAAUCAGAGAAGGAAAAACAUGCAGACAAACAUCUCUUUACUGUGUUUGAAGGGGAAAGAAAUCCUUGUUAUCAGCAUUAUCACUGUGAAAUCAUUUUACACAUUAACACUAAAACAAAGCACUGAAAUACUUUUUUAAAUCACAAAAAGCACAAUUUUUUUUAUUUUAUUUAGCCUUUAUUUAUCCAGGAAAUGUCCCAUUGAGAUACAAGAUCUCUUCUUCCAGGGAGUCCUGGCCAAGACAGCACACAUAAGUUCCAUACAUAAAACAUUAGGACAACACAAAAAAAAACACAAAAUCACUCUUUCUGAAGUAGAGCUGCGAUUCACACACAGAUGAAGAGAUAACAUGCAAUAUAACAGUUUUUAUAGCAAUAUAUUUUUUAUAUUAAUUGUCUAUGACAGUUGUAACACUAAUGGUGCUAAUUUAACACAUUUCUAAAAACUGCACAUUAAUUUCACUGAUAAUCAAACUCUGAAGUACAUGCUGCUAUUAAAGAGAGAAAUUAAACCGCAUAAAGUCUUUUUAAUUUAA